AUGAAUUCAUAUAUAUAUAAAGAAGAAGAUUGGGAAAUUGUAGAGACAUUAAAAUCAAAUGUUUUUAAAGUAAAUAAUAAAAACAAUAUUGUUUUAAAUGGAAAUUCUUUUAAAACUUGUAUUUUAAAAAUUAUUAUAAAUAAGGAUAAAAAUGUUUGGAAAGAAGGUCAAGUUUUAGAAAAAUUGAAAAAUAUUGAUAGUAUAGUAAAAUGUUAUGGUUGGUGUUGUAAUAAACAUACUACAUAUAUAUUUAUUGAAUAUAUUAAUGGAUAUACUUUAGAAGAAUAUGUUUUAAAAAAUCAUCCGAUUCCAGAGAAAGAAUUAAGUGAAAUAAUUGAAGAUUUAAUAAAAUCAUUAGCAUCAAUUCAUGAAAUUGGAGUUAUUCAUAGAGAUUUAAAAUUGGAAAAUGUCAUGUUUGAUAAAGAAUCUAAUAAAUGGAAACUAAUUGAUUUUGGCCUCUCUUUUAGUUUUUCACCAUCUAACGAUGGUUCAAAAUGUUAUACACAAUGUGGUAGUAUUGGUUAUAUUCCACCAGAAAUUAAAUUGGGUGGCCAAUGUGGUAGAAAAUCUGAUAUCUGGAUAUUUGGUUGCCUUGUAAUUAAAAUGCUAGGUGGGGAAUUGGAAGAAACUGAAAUCCAAAUUGAUGGUGCAAGUUUUAAUAAUAAUAAUAACAAACCAAAUAUUUGGAUACCAAAAAUUCCACCACAUGCUUCUAAAUUUUUACAAAAUUUUAUUCAAAAAUGUUUUUUUGAAGAAGAAGUUUUAAGAUUUGAUUCAAUAACUUUGAUUGAUCAUCCAUUUUUAUCUUUAUUUAAAAGUAAAGGAAAUAUGCUUUAUUUAAUUCAAAGAGGUCAUAAAAGAUGGAUGGAUAUAACCCAAAAGAAGAAAGGAAUUAAAAUUGAGGGUAAAACAUUUACUUUUGAAGAUAAUGAUAAUAAAGAACCAUUUGGACCUGGAAUAGUUCCAGAUGGAACUGUUGAAUUAAUAUUUAAAAAAACAUUCAAUCAACGAUUAAUUCCUGGAUCUAUACCAUCCACUGUCCAAAUUCUUGAUUUUGGUGUAGAUGGUGAUAGUUUCUUUAAUCAAGAAAUGGAUGAUGAUUUAUUUUUAGAUUGUGAUUUAAAAUCUUUGACUUUAGGUAACGCUUUCACACAUACCUUACCAUAUUUUGGUUCACUUUGCUAUUUGUCAUUAGGAAGAAAUAGAAAUGCACUUCAAAAUUUACCACCAACAUUAGAAACUUUGAAAUACUAUGGUGAAGUACAAACUGAUCUUAAUAUAAAAUCAAUUCCACAUGUUAAAAAUUUAUUAAUUCCAUUUAAUAAUCACUCAAUUAUUAUUGAUACAAUUCCACCAACCGUAAAAUAUUUGGCAUGGGGAAAAUUAAAAGAUUUGGAAGCAAUUGAAACUUUAAAAAAUUUACCACCAUCUGUAAAUGAUUUAACUUUUUCUUGUCCACCAGAUGUAUUUGAUAAAAUUCAAAGAAAACAUAUUCCAGAUUCAAUUUCAAUUAUAAUUAUUAAUCAACAUGUAAUUGAAUUAAAAAAUUCUGAUAAUUCUGAAACAUAUUUAAAAGAUAAUAUUGUUUGUUAA